AUGUUAGAUCGAGCUUACCGCAUAUCUUCCAACUGGUCGUACUUCUCACAAGAAUGCAAUCGGCUUGAGACUGUAUUCUUAAAGCUUAAGUACCCGAGGCACCUAUUCAAUCUGGCUGUCAAACAAUUCGUAGAUUCCAAGGUAGCAGACCAGCAGCAAAUUCCAUCAACCGACAUGACUCCAGCCCCCAUCCGAGUUGUCAUACCAUGUAAAGAUCAGGUCUCGGCUAAUAUAGUGAAAAAACCUCUCACAGACCUCAGCUUAAGAAUUAAGACCACUAUUCAGCCCGUGUUCAUCAGCAGAAAACUCAACGAAGACCUUAAAUUUCGAGAAGUCAAGCCAGCCACU